AGCAGCAACAACAGCACCAACAAACCCAACAACAGCAGUAACAACACUAACAACAGCACCAACCAACAACAGCAGCAACAACAGCACCAACAACAGCAGCAACAACAGCAGCAACAACAGCAG